UGACAAUGACGGACGAAGCGUUGCUCGCUGCUCAGCGCGAAAAGGGCCGCUCGGCGUCGAUCUGCGCGCCGGGGAUCUCGAGUAUGGAGGUGUUCCUGUCGGGGAUCCCGCCGCCGGGGACGCCGCCCCUGGACGCGGCGGCGGCGGCGGCCGCCGGCACCGGCACCCCGCGACGAAGAAGACCCGCGACCCGAUCUCAGAGCGCCAGACUCACCGGCGGCAAGUCGGUCCGCCGCCGGGCCCUCAACGCCGAGCUCGCCGGCAGCAACCAGAGCAUGAGGAGCGGCGGCAGCGAACCCCGCCUCGAGCAAGCCAGUGUAACAGACUCUCCUUCGGGGUUUCGGCGAAAGGGUAGCGCGCGGAGGGUAAACUCAGUGUAUCACGGUCAGCAAAGAAAGUCGACAGCUUUCUUGGAUGUACCAACAAAUCAAUCGGACGAUUCACCGCCGGACCAGGACUCGUAUCGGCUCAGAUCUUUUAGCUUCACUUCUAAAGGGAUCAUCAACCGAGGAGACUCGUUCCGGCGUCGAUCCCGGAGCAACAGUCUGCUCCCGAAACCGGACACGGGCCCCCCAGACAAAGGCGCCCCCUCGCCGCCCCCCGACGUGGUCUCGUACACGGUGGGGCUCCUCGGGGCGCAGGGGGUCGGCAAGACGUCACUCAUCAGCCAGUUCAUGACGUCAGAGUGCAUCAACGCGUACGAUAGGCAGAGAGAUGAUGGAGGAGAAGGGGAGCAAUCUGUAAGCAUCAUGUUGAAUGGUGAAGAAUCAGAACUUAGGUUUGUCAAGAUAAAUAAAUUCAAACUAGAAACAGGCAAAGAACAAUCUCUUCCACACGCUUGGUUAAUAAUAUAUUCAGUGGUAGACAAAGCGAGCUUCCAGCGGGCAGAGGAUGACCUGACCAGACUCCAAGACUCGGACUUGCUCAGGACACGGCCCACGAUUUUGGUAGGGAAUAAAAUCGACCUCGCGCGAAGUAGAGCCGUAUCCACACAAGAUGGAAAAUGUUUAGCUUGUACAUUUCGGGCCAAAUUCAUCGAAAUAUCAGUGGGAAUCAAUCACAAUGUAGAUGAAUUACUAGUAGGAGUUCUCACACAAAUUCGACUGAAACUGGAAAAUGCUGGUCGAGAAGGGUCCAGUAGUGCCCAUUGGUACAAAAAUAGGGGUGUCAUUCGAGCCAGUAUGAAAGCACGACAAAUGUUCACUUGGAUUUUCGGCAAAGAGGACUCAAAAUUUAAAAAUUGCGAGAACCUCCAGAUUUUGUAAAUAAUGUAAUUUAAUUCUGCUACUUUGUUUCAUUCAAAUUCACUGUGUUUCUAAUCUUUCUUAUAGGAAACACCCAUAUCUAGUGCUAGGACGAAAUGCAAACUUGUACUUUGCAUAUCUACUUCUGUUUUAUCCUAAUAGAUUUUUUUCGGCAAUUACAAUCCUUUAAACAGUAAAAGAUUAUUUAAGUGCUUACAUAUCAAGUGCUUGUAAACUCUAGAACUUGUAUCUACACAGUACCUGCACAUGUAUGUAUGUGUUACAGACAGAUCCCAACUCCUUGGAUGAUUAGAGUCCACCAUAUCAAAAGAGGACAGCUCCAGUAGAGCCAGUGACUCAAUUUUUCAAUGGUAGGGUCACCCAACCGGUCCCUUUUAUUGGGCAAAUUCUUAUUUUCCAAUAUGAGGCAAACAUAAAUUAAGUCAGCGUAACUUAAACAAAUUUACGUGAUGUUAUUUGAAAAUUAACGCUCAACUGUGCUUCCAUGUAUUAGCCAUGUUCUGUAAAGCAAGGUUACAAUGAAAGUGAAUUCGGCUCCUAAUGGACCAGGUUGGUUCUUAUUUAUGCAGACUUAACCCAGCAGCAAAUCCAUGUGCAUCACUCAAAAAUCAUCAAGACAAGGGAUGAGAAAGCGACUAAGAUGAGAACAUUAAACAGGAACUUUCUAAGAUGUUAAGUAUCUCAUGGUGACAAGCUACCUUCCCGAAGAACUUUGAUGUAGAAAUUCGCUCAAAAUUUCUGACAAGUAAUUGGAACAUUGAGUACUAAAGUUCUUGAGAAUUUCCAUUCCUGCUGUGUACCUUUUCUGAAAAUGUUCUGUCCUGGAUCUAGACUCCCUUUUCAAAAUUUUUCGCUGGGCAACUUCUAAAGAUUGAAACAUUGUUAUUAUAAGUAUGGGCAGCUUUAGGUCUGCAAAAACAGAUUUAAAAUGGCUCAUUGAAAAUUUAAUAGAUUCAGACCAACCGCGGCAAAAUAGCAGGUGUGUCUAAAUCCAUACAAAUAGAUUUUUCGUCCAGAAACUGGGAUCCGUCAAUAUCUUAUGUGCAAGAAUUGUGAGUACCUAUUGCAUAGAAAUUGCAAUGAUUUUACUCUUUCUCUGAAGGAAGCAAACUUUGAGGAACACACCUCAGUACUACAACAAUACAAAUGUUAAUUUUGAAUUUUGCAUGGUUGAAGCCAUGAAAUUUAAAGUUUUCAUAUAAGUUAGAUGCCUAAAGGUCAAGAAAGACAGAAUGAAUGAUUUGCCGCUAUGAAUUAAUUUCUGUGUUAAAAAGGAAAUGAUCUGUUUGAGAAUUUUUAAAUAGUUGAGGAAAUUCUCUUAUUAUGAGAAUUGUUCUAAAGAUGAUGAGAUUUUCCAAUUGUGAGAAAUUCUUCCGAUUCCUUCAAUUCAAAAGUUCGCAUUCAGUGGAAAAAACGAAAGUCAGUUGUCUAUCUUAACAACUUAUGUGUCUAAUUUUUUCUAUUAGUAUUAAAUUUUGAUGGCUUCUUUCAUUCUUAAUAAUAAUAUAAAAUCAUAAUUAAGAAUUAGUAAAUAAAUUGUUAAAGUCAAACCCACGCAGAGGAGUAAACUUGUAAUGAUUCAUUUAAUGUUUAAGGUCAUUAUGAUCUAGAUCUUGGGUUUACUCUCAAUAAUAAGCAAAGAAAUCAAAUGAAACGUUCAAUAAUUCUCUCUCUUCCAUUUUUUCACCGAAAUAUCCAAUAAUAAUAUAAGAAAAUAACUUCACUUUAAACAAAAUAUACGCAUACAUGAGAAAUACUUGCACACUGACUAAUCCUCAUGAAGUGUGAGUAAAAUGUCUUCUGCAUGGAGGAAAAUACAAUACAAACGUGGUCCUGAUACUGCGAGUUAAUGGGGGGGGGGGGUGUAGAUGAAUUCAGGAUUUUUACCAUCUAAAGGGGAAGUCAAACCCCAGAAGUCCAAAAAUUAGUAACAAAGUUACUGAAAUAAACUCCAAAGCAUCAAUGCAAAACUCCUCUCUCUCUCUCUC